UAGGCCUUAUGGUGUGUCCCUGAAUUCUCGGGACGCCAGCCUUCCGAAGUUCGAAAAUCUCCCAGCUUUCUUGCAACAUUUCUCGGAGGCACGCCCCUUUUUGUCUUCAUCCCUCGGAAUUCUGAGUAGACCGAGAGCAGCGAUGACACUCAACAAAAAUUGCUGCGACUGUGAAGAUAUGUAUUUUCUUUGUAUUUGUACCACGUUGGUCAUUUUAAUGUGCAGUACAAUGUAAAGUUGUGUUUGUUUUCGGGCUGGUUUGCUAAAGAGGCUAACGUAGCAAACAAUAAACAACUACUAGCCAAUUUCAUGACACAAUCACAAAGACGAACGGGAAUGCUAUAAAUGCUCCGAGACCGGAAAUGACGUUGCAACUCGGAAGACUGGCGUCCGAGGAUCCAGGAAACCACCAUUAUACGACUAGGAACGAGGUAGGCCUUAUAUGAAUAGGUAGACCUUAUACGACUAGGUAGGCCUUAAAUUACUAUGUAGACCUUAAACGACGAUGUAGGCCUUUUAUUUCUGAAGCUACGCUGCGACCACGCACCCAUUGUAAUGGUUAGGAGAGACGGCCAUGAUCGAUCGCUUUGAAUCAUGCGACCCUUCCAGAACCUGCUUGACCAUAAACCACUGCUAUAUCUAAAUGCAAGCUGCUCCAGACCUGGGAAGGUGUGUAGAAGAGACCCCAUGACAUCUCUUGUCUCUGGGGGCUCUAGUAAACCUACGUUUAGGGCCUACAAGCCUGUUCAUUUUAUUAUAUUUAAGUGAUCACAAUCCAUACGGUAUUUUUUUUUAUGAACCCUUAUCAGACGUAAUCUAGCAAAUGUACAAUGCGGCUAUUUUCUUCGUCCGAACACCGCAACAAAUGACGUUGACCACCUCAGCCAUUCACAAUCCGGCUCCCAGGUCCCGUGACCUGACAAGAAUCCAAUCACGCUUUAAGCAAAUAUAUGACGUUAACGUGAUCAAAAAUAUUAAUAUAAAAAAGCUAGCAACAUUUGAACACCUCGAAACUACAGCUAUUCUUCAUAGCCUAAUAAAGUUAUAGUUGACACUUCUGCUUCCCAACGCGAAUUUGUUCAUUAAUAUCCUCGAAUACAAAGAUUUGGGAAGGAGUGAGUAAACGAGGAGGGACCUUCGUGAAAAGAUGUAACCUACUGGUCAUUUCCCCUGCCCCAUCCCUUACCAGACCAUACAGGAGCGUCCCCUCCUACUAUAUACUCCCUUCAUUCUACUGGCCGUGUCCCUGGAACCGGGCCCCAGAGACCCCGUGUAGCUGACGUCUGCCACUACAGAAUCUUCCAUAUAGAUAAUACAACCUCAAAUCAAACAAAAACAUUAUUCCACUACUGAGAUAAAAUUAGUUCCAGGGUAAUUGCAUUUAAUAACGACAUUCCCAAAAUGUGAAACAAAUCCAUGUACAACUACUUCCGAACGCAUCCACAGUUGUACUGUUCUCCUCCUCCAAAUGGCUCAAUCACACGUACUGCGAAGGACACGAAGCUCCGCUUCAUAUGGCACCCGCGCCUCUGUGCGUACUAGACUACCAACACAUGCAGUUGUCUAGCGGACCAAUGACGUUCCUUACUUUUUAUUUGACUUAUUACCAACACACCUCUGACCAAUGGGAUGCGAGGGGUAUGAUAUCCGCGCAACGCCCACCCACCAAAGAAGCCCCUGCUUGGUCACCGGGAAACCCCGUGGCUUGGUUGUGUGUCAGUUUGGUUGGACCCGCGGUCGAUGCCGGUGAGGAGGGGGAUGGGCGCCGACGCAAACGUAAGGACCCGAGAAAGAGUCAGAGCCCAGAACACAUAGAGCAGCAUAUACCCUUAAUAAUACCGACUGUAUAUAUACCAAACACUAACAUAAAUGGAUCAGGCAACCGGGACCUAUAACAGACACUCAAUGGAUUAACUGUACCUGACCGGGACAGGGGAUUUAACUUUAUGGCCAUGCGUGGAAGACAUUGAGAAGUUUGUUUCCUACCCCUGGAGAGGGAGCUACUUUUAAAGGCAAGGGAUAUAGGAGACACCGAGGUCGAGCCACGGGCCUGCUGGGCUGGAGCAUUGAUGUUGGAAUACCCGAAGGCUCCUCUGGCUGUUGAUUCGAUUAACGUGUUUGCACUGGUGGGCAUGUCUCUUUAGGUCUCCCCAUGACCGUGAGCCGUGGGCGGCGGCUCAGCGGCUCCCCCCCUCUGGUGUGGACAGUCACUGCAGUUGGGGCCCUGUAACCAACCCCACCCCCUUCCCCCCCCCCUCCCCUCCCUUCCCCCCCUCAUCUCUCCCCCCUCCUCCUCCUCCCCUAACACUUCUUGAAUAUACCUCCUUUUAUUCCCUCCCCUGCCUCCCCCACCCUCCCGCGUGCCGCUGGACGUCAUGAGCAUAGUAAUCGCGCUGGGAGUCACCACACCUGAAACCUCGUACUCCGAUAUGGCUGCUGGAUCCGACCCUGAGUCAGUGGAAGCAAGUCCUGCGGUGAAUGAGAAGAACUACAACAGCCACAGCUGUGGGAGUGCACAGAGCCAUGGGUACCGGGGCCUGCCCUAUACGAUGCAACAGUCUUCCGUUGUGUGUUGUCAGGAUCACAACUAUGGCGCUCCCCCUCCUCCCACCCCACCCGCCUCCCCGCUCUCCCAAACCAUCAUUCCCCGCAUGGAGCUCAACGGCGGCGUGGCUCACGGCCAUGGCUUCCGCCGGCGCGCCGGUACCGAGGACCACUCUGCGGACAGCGACAGCUCGUCCUCUGAGGACCCUGAGAGCUGGUGCCGCUGCACCCUGACCUCCGACGGCCAGCUCAACAAGUGCCACAACUGCAGGGGCGUGUACUGGAGGAAAGCACCCGACGGCCAGCACAGGAAGCCAGAGAAUAUAUCCGUGGGGGAGAGCAGCGCAACGGAGAGCGGAGAUGAGGAAGUGUCUCCGGCCAGCGUGUCGUACACGGCCACGCAGCACACGCCGACCAGCAUCACGCUCACCGUCAACCGCAUCAAGAGGAACAAGUCCAAGAAGAGGAAGAAGAGCACCGAGAAGGCUCGCGGGACGCCCAAGAGCAAGAAGGUCAAGGCCUUCAGAGAGGGUUCUAGAAAGUCCAUGAGGAUGAAGAACUCGACCACAGAGGCCAACGUGUUGGACGAGAACACUGCAGAGGGCUGGGAGACCAAGAUCCGCCAGUGGACGGACCAGUACGACGAGGCCCACGCCAACCAGUAUAGUGCAGACGUCCAGACGCUUCUCGAGUCGCACUGCGGAGCAGAGACAAAGACGGAGAGCGUUGCCACAGCAACCGCACAACAGUCGAAGAUCAACACGACGACGACGGCGACGACCCAUCUCAGUGUUGACGUGGACAGCAUCGACCACACAGAGCCAGCUAGCAACAACGCAGUGUUGAGCUCCCAGAUGCAGCUCCAGCUGGGCCGUGUUACGCGGGUGCAAAAGCACAGGAAGACUUUGAGGGCGUCUAAGAACAUGGACGCUGGCACCCUGAUCAUAGAGUACCGGGGAAAGGUCAUGCUCAAACAACAGUUUGAGGUCAACGGGCACUUUUUUAAGAAACCCUACCCGUUUGUGCUGUUCUACUCCAAGUUCGACCAAGUGGAUAUGUGUGUGGACGCGCGGACUUUUGGCAACGACGCCCGCUUCAUCAGGAGGUCGUGCACGCCUAAUGCCGAGGUUCGGCAUGUGAUGGCAGAAGGAAUGCUGCACCUUUGUAUACACGCCCUCGGGCACAUCACCAAGGAUGCCGAAGUCACCAUCGCAUUCGACUACGAGUUCCACAGCUGCAACUACAAAGUGGACUGCGCCUGCCACAAGGGCAACCAGAGCUGCCCUGUGCAGAAGCACAACCUCCGCCCCAAGGAGGACCCGUCGUGUACCCCCUCUGCCCCUUCUUCACUGACCGGGGCUGAGACCCGACAGCGCAAAGCCCGCAAGAAGGAGCGGGGCGAAGGCCACGCCACAGGGGCUACCUCCGACGAGGGCAGCCAGCAGCCGGAGGCCGGAGAGCUGCAUGCAGCCAGCGACACAGAGGACGGGCUCCAGGAUGAGAUGAAGCAGGAAGAGGCAGAGGAGGGAGAAGUGGACGAGAAUGGCCUCAUCAGCUCCAGCAAAAAGGCGUUUGACAGCAUGGAGAAACGACGGCGAGCGAUGGGAGCGGAGGACCCUAAGGAGGAGUGUUUGGACCCCGCGGACGGAGCAGUGAACCCCUCUACUGGAAGCACAGCAGCCGUGUGCAUCAGCACCCGACGGGCGACCUACGUUAUGGAACUGCCCCAAAACGAGCCAGAAAAGGCACCGACAUCCUCGGCCCCUGCCCUCGCCGCUCCGACAAAGCCCCCGCCGGCCCGUUCCAGCAAGCCCCGUUCCAAGAGCCGCAUCUCGCGGUACCGCUCCAGUUCUUCGCAGCGCGCCCGCCGCCAGAGGCAGGCCCUGGCCCAGCAGGCCGCCGCCGCCGCCGCCGCCGCCGCUGCCGCCGCCGCCACCGCCACCACGGACCAGACGGCAGCGCCAGAGGAAGAGGGGCUCCACGGACCGUUCAACACAGAGCUCAGUGCGGGGGAGUGCGGCCUGGGGGCCGGCCAUCUCCUGGACCCUGAGGUCUGCCUCAACAGAGGCACCCUGCGCUACCCAAAGACAAAAAAGUACCUGGUGACGGAGUGGCUGAACGACAAAGGACCCACUGGGGAGAAGAUCCAGCCGGACGUUCCCUCGGAUGGGCCGCUGCGCAUCACCACAGACCCCACGGUGCUGGCCACCACCCUCAACAUGCUGCCAGGCCUGUCCCACACCUCCUACAUCUGCACCGCGCCCAAACACUACGUCCGCUUCGGCUCACCCUUCAACCCGGAGCGCCACCGCCCGCGGCCGCUGCAAAUGGAUGGCACCUAUGGCUGCUACAAGAAGCGCUGGAUCAAGCAGGCAGAGGACGAGAGCUGCUCAGCCAGCCUGGAGGACGGCUCGGAGUCCACCUCGUCACACCAAAGCACCAGUAGCAGAUCCACGCCCAACCCCACGUCUCACGAGCUCCUGGCCCCCUUUAAGAAGCGCCGGGCCAAGUACGCCGCCGUGCCGCUCCCCAUGCAGCACCUGUCCCGCCCGCUGUCGCCAAUCACACCGCCGCUGCCCGAGGACCCUCUGCACCCCCUGAUGGGUCUGCCCUGUGGCCCACUGCUGCUGCCCAGCAGCCUGGGCUACUCGCCCAUCCCCUCGCUGCCAACCAGCCGCUGCAACACGCCCCUGCAGUUUGAGAACAUAUCGUCCCCAGAGGCCUCUCCCGUACAUCGGCCUGAGUCCAUAUCUCCUGAGCCCUGCUUGCGGAGCGACGCCGACGGACCGCAACUCCUCUUCCAGGACCUCUCGCUGCCCUCCAGCUCCGGCAGCCCCGCGCCCGCCUCAGAGGACUUUUCUCUCCCCGGGGGGCCCUACGGAAACGAUUCCCAGGGCCUCCCUGCGUCGGGGGGCCUUGCCCCGCCGUCCUGCCCCCCCUCGGACCUUGCCCCCCCGCCUCCGGGCCGCGACCCGGCGUUCAGGACAGAGUUCAACCUCAUAUACACGUGCUCCCCGCUCAACGCCAACCUGGCAACGGUGGGGAACGGCGAGCAGCGCCCCUCCCGGGCCGAGGGCCGCUUCUCCCCGCCGGAGCCUUCCUUUGGGGGCGCAGGCAUCCAGGGCCCCCCUGGAGAGCCAGGCUGCAUGUCCCCCUAUGGCGAGUCUCACUACAGUGCUGGGGACCUCUACAGCGAGAGCAUCUACGGUGCUGGGGACCUAGGCGGCACGUCCCCCCACACUGGCCACCAACCAGUAAAGAAGAAGAGGGCCAAUCAGCAUGGCAUUAGUCUGCUGGCAGGAAGGCCCGGUUACCAGGCUAUAGCUGUAAGAAGUCAAUACAAGCCAGUACAGAAUAUGGUGUCUCUGCUGGAGUACCGCAAGAGGAAGCAGGGCAGCGGCCGCGAGCCUGACCCGGGCAGCUCCUCCUCUUCCUCCCUGGCGGUUGUCCUGGGCAACCAACCUGGUUUCCACUACAGCCAGGAUCCCUAUCAUCCUCCGCCUCCUGCCCACCCCCAUCACCACCUCCAGCCCCCCGCGUCCCCGCUGAGCUCCUUCUCCUCCCCUGCCCACGCCUCUUCCUCCUCCACCCCCCACGUAGAGGAGGUCAGCCCUCCGCAGCACAGCCCCAGCCACUGGAUGGUCCCCACCAGUGUGGAGCGGCUCCGGGAGUGCCAAGGGGUGCUGGAGCGUGUGCUGCGGGGUGGCAUGAAGGUGGACCGCAUCCUGAAGAAGACCGACGGUGACAAGGAAGCCGAUGGAUACGAGCCGCAGGGGCCACGGGGCUCUCCCAGCAGGAGCCCAGCCCGCUACAGUCCCUCCGUGUUCUCCCAGCAGUCGUGUGAGGGCCAGCGGCAGAUGGACAGCCCCUCGUUCCACCAGCAGAGCAGCCCCUCGCCCUUCUCCGGCUCCUACAGUCCGUCGUCGGGCCAGAGCUUCUACUCCCGCCUCUCCCAGGACCACCCCCCUUCGUCCUACCCCGGGCACCACCACCCCUCCUCGUGGUCGGACCCCCUGCCGCCAGGCGGGGCUCUACACCAGCAGAGCAACAGCAGCUGCAGCAGCAGCCACCUGAAAGCCAGCCUGCUGAGCAGCAGCAGCGCGGUGGGGUCAACCACCCCGGGUUCCAGGGGCAGUGGGCAGGCAAAAACUGACCUGGCCUCCCAGGCCUGUAGACUUAUUCAGCAACAGCAGGGGGCGCUGCAGGCGGGCGCCCGGCUGUUGUCGUCGUCCCCCUCAGGGGCCCCACACUACCCACCACGCCACGGGGCCACACCCUCCCUCGCCCAGUUCCAGCACCCGCCGCUGCAGGGCUCAGGCGUACGGACCCAGUCUGGAAGCUUUUAGUGUGUGUGUGUGUGUGUGUGUGUGUGUGUGUGUGUGUGUGUGUGUGUGUGUGUGUGUGUGUGUGUGUGUGUGUGUGUGUGUGGGUGGAUGUACAGAUCUAAGAGGACUUAUCAUGGCGUUUAUUUUCUUACGGUGUGUGUCAUGUUAAAUGUAUGAUGCGUCCUGCACAGAGCUCCUCACUGACCAGACUGAAAAGGAAUCAGUGCCAAGAGCCAGUUAAAAAAAAAAAAAAAAAAAGACCUUUGAAAAAAGAAA